AUGGGUGGGGAUGGCAGGGGUAUAUCUCAAAUACUUGCCGUGAACGUCUCCUACCUCGGUACUCCGUCCCUACAACUACCGUUCUCCAUAGUUACUCCUACGAGUGCCGAUCAAGUCAGCAACCUGCAGAUGCUGCGCCGGAUAUAUCCGUGGGCCAUGACAAAUAGAAUGGACCAAUCCGCGUGCUGGAUCUGGGUUCACUGUAACACCGGUAGCGGAUGCACCACAACGGUCCUUAGUCUACAGGUACAGGUACUCGAAUUAACCCUGUCAACCGCCCAGGAAAGGCUGGAGACUGGAGAUGAACGAGGCCGAGCGACAGGGUUGCCCGCGGCUGCAGGAACGCCGAUCGGUGCCCAACAGGGAAUCUCGUUAACAAUCAUGCCGGUUGAAUCCUGCGCGGUGGAGCGAUCGAUCGCCGCAUGGCUGGCUGAUGGAGGAGAGGAUUACGGAGUACGGAGUACGGAGUACGGAGUACAAGAGGAGAGUGCCUGGUAA